AUGUCCUCCAACCCUUACCGCGACUCACACGUCCCCGGCAGGCGAGACUCGCAGCGCCGCCAUCACCAGUCAUCCGCGCGCCACUCCUCCAGCUCCCGUCGAAGACAUUCUUCCACCGACCCAGCCGACGCCUAUGCCGUCUCGGAUCCGCACCACCACCGCCAGCGCCGAGACAGCAGCUCGCGCCGCCAGCGAGACGACUACAGAGACUUGCACAGCCAUAACCGCCGCCGCAGGAGUUCUGCUCAGCGGCCUAGUUCCGGCCACGGAAGGGCUGAGACAAUCAACGAGAAACCCAGGUCGCCGUACACAGAAGGCCCUGAAGUGCGCGUGAGCGAAUAUCACUCGGGCAACAUGCCUUCCCCGUGGACCCCAUCUGGUCAGGGCCAAGACCGAGAUCCAAUGCUCGAGACAGUCGGCAGAAGUGGCUCGCUUUCUAGGAAAAAGAGCUUGGUCAGGCCUGAAAGACGGCGCAACAAUCCGGAUGAGCCGGACUAUUACUACCGCCAACAUGCGCAGAACAUGAAUGUGAUGCCGUCCACAACAGGCAGAGAUCCACAGAUGGAAGAAGAUAUCGCGACACUGGGCUCUGAUUCUACGAACAAACCGCAAGGCAUGGAGGAUGUGCCACUGCAAGAGAAAUCCGGCAUGCAGCGAGCCAACAGCGCGAAAGGCAGCAAGAGGAAUCCCAACAAGCUCACCCGGAAUCCCACCAAGAAAGAGCGCGAUCAUGAAGAGAAAGAGCGCAGGCGCCAAAAGAUUCAAGAUGCGAGCGGCACACCGACCCUCUGGGGCACAUACUGCCACGUUAUCACAUUCUGGUGUCCAAAUGUCAUUCUAAGGUGCUUUGGAUUCAAGGCCAAGGAGCAGCAACGAGCAUGGCGUGAAAAGAUGGGCCUCAUAUCUAUCAUCCUGCUCAUAAUGCUGUUUGUCGGUUUCUUGACAUUCGGCUUUACGCAGACCGUCUGUCCAGAAGGUGGUCCAUUACGACUUCGCAUCAACAAAGUCGGAGAUGGCUACAUGAUUUUCCACGGCAAAGCUUACGACUUGACUCGCUCGCAGCAUCCUCUUGCAAGAGGUGUUCCCGAUGGGAGCAAUGUUCUUUGGGAUGCGGAUCCACCAGGCAAAGGAAUGGACGGCAGCUUCUUGUUUCAAAAUGUCAACGGUGCCUGCAAGGGCAUGAUCACUGCGGCCCAAGGCUCUGACGUGCCAACCGAUGACAGCGGCAACUUGGCUUGGUACUUCCCCUGCAACAUGUACAAACAGGACGGAUCUAGCCAGCCGAACCAGACCAUUCCUUAUUACCUCGGAUACUCUUGCCACACCAGCCGUAUGGCUCGUGACAACUUUUACGGGCUCAGGUCUUCUGGCGAUGUCUUCUUCACGUGGGAUGAUGUGCGAAAUCAGUCACGAAACCUCAUGGUCUAUUCGGGUGACGUACUGGAUCUGGAUCUCCUUGAAUGGUUCAACAAGACGCAGGUCGCAUAUCCGGACAAGUUUGAUGAGAUCCGCCUCAACUCAGCAGUUCGCGGCAAAGACGUCACGCUGGCAUUCUCUUCGGGCGACAACAAACAGGUUGCACAGUGCUUCCAGGACAUUAUCAAAGUCGGAUCCAUCGACACCGAGACCAUUGGCUGCAUCGCGUCGAAGGUCGUGCUCUACGUUUCGCUCAUCUUCAUCCUCAGUAUUGUUGUGAUCAAGUUCGUUCUGGCCAUCGUUUUCCAGUGGAUCCUCUGCCGCAAGUACUCGGCAGACAAGACCAGUAUGACAAGCGACAAGAAGAAACGUCAGCAGCAGAUCGAAGACUGGACUGAGGACAUCUACCGACCACCGCCAAAGAUCACCGACCCAGGUUCAGUCAGUGGUAGCGAUCGCAACAGCAAGCGUGGUAGCUUCCUGCCGACGACAUCGAGAUUCACCAGCCCGUACGCGAUGGAGCGUAGUCUCAAUCGCAAGUCAAUCGCACCCACGACUAUGAUUUCGCAACAUUCGUCCUCGCGAUUGGGCCCAGCCAUGUACGGUCAGAUUAACAGAUCCGAAAGUGCCUUGGCUUAUACUGAUGCCAACAACGAGAGCCGUGCGAGCUUGAUGGAAUCUCACAACUUCUCUGGAGCCAACACUCGGUACAGCAGUGUCAUGCACACCGACACAGAUAUGAGUGGUCCCCAAGGCUUCAUUCACGAAGCCGUUGUGCCACAACCACCUCCUGAAUGGCAGCCCUUUGGCUUCCCUCUAGCUCACACCAUCUGCUUGGUUACUGCAUACUCUGAAGGUCCUGACGGUAUUCGCACGACUUUGGACUCUAUCGCCAUGACCGACUACCCCAACAGCCACAAGCUCAUCUACGUGGUUUGCGACGGUCUUAUUCAGGGCAAAGGAGAGAAGAUGUCAACACCUGAUGCAUGUAUCAGCAUGAUGAAAGACUUUGCCGUGCUGCCAGACGAGGUACAGCCAUUUUCAUACGUGGCAGUUGCCAGCGGAAGCAAGCGUCACAAUAUGGCCAAGGUGUACUGCGCUUUCUACGACUACGGCCCAGACAGCAUAAUUCCUCUCGAAAAGCAGCAGCGUGUCCCCAUCGUAUGUGUCGUCAAGUGCGGAACGCCCACCGAAGAGAAUGCAUCGAAACCUGGCAACAGAGGUAAACGUGAUUCGCAGAUCAUCCUCAUGUCUUUCUUGCAGAAGGUCAUGUUCGACGAGCGCAUGACGGAACUGGAGUACGAAAUGUUCAACGGUAUCUGGAAACUCACUGGCAUAUCACCCGACUUUUACGAGAUAGUACUCAUGGUCGACGCCGAUACCAAGGUCUUCCCAGAUUCGCUCACGCACAUGGUCUCUGCCAUGGUCAAAGAUCCCGAGAUCAUGGGUCUCUGCGGUGAAACGAAGAUCGCCAACAAGCGAGAGUCGUGGGUGUCCAUGAUCCAAGUCUUCGAAUACUUCAUCUCCCACCACCAAGCCAAGUCUUUCGAAAGUGUCUUUGGUGGUGUGACUUGUUUGCCGGGAUGUUUCUGCAUGUACCGCAUCAAGGCGCCCAAGGGAGGUCAGAACUACUGGGUACCGAUUCUGGCCAAUCCUGACAUUGUCGAGCACUACUCGGAGAAUGUCGUCGACACACUACACAAGAAGAACUUACUUCUCCUGGGCGAGGAUCGAUAUUUGUCGACUCUAAUGUUGAAGACCUUUCCCAAGAGAAAGCAGAUGUUCAUCCCUCAAGCUGUGUGCAAGACGACCGUGCCUGCCCAGUUCAAGGUUCUUCUGUCCCAGCGACGACGAUGGAUCAACUCGACGGUCCACAAUCUUAUGGAGCUGGUUCUCGUCCGCGAUCUUUGCGGUACAUUCUGCUUCAGUAUGCAGUUCGUUGUGUUUAUCGAACUGGUUGGUACGCUGGUGUUGCCAGCCGCCAUUGCUUUCACUUUCUACGUUGUCGCCCUUGGUAUCAAAGCCGCCAUCACGCACACCGAAGCACCCACCAUCCCGCUUGUCCUUCUCGCCCUGAUCCUCGGUCUGCCCGGUGUCCUCAUCGUCAUCACCGCCCACAAAAUCAGCUACGUCCUGUGGAUGUUCGUCUACCUCCUUAGCUUGCCCGUCUGGAACUUCGUCCUCCCCACAUAUGCCUACUGGCACUUCGACGACUUCUCAUGGGGUGACACUCGACAAGCGGCGGGAGAAGCCAAAGGUGGCGACAAAUCCGGCCACGGCGGCGACGGCGAAUUCGACUCCAGCAAGAUCACGAUGAAACGCUGGCAUGACUUCGAACAGGAACGACGGCUCAGGGGCCCGCAGUGGGGCAACAGUACCACCACCUAUGGAGGCAGUUAUGGGAGCCCGAGCCAUCCCGGCAGUGUCCACUAUACUGGGCAUGAGCGAAAGCCGUCCAGUUUGAUGCUUUAA